AUGUCUUCUCGGCUUCGCGGUGUGGACGUCUUCGAUCCUGAGGAUACUCAGGAACCACUAGGCGGGACAUCGUCCAGUCCUUCUAGUCUCGCGCAGCUAGCUCUAACACGUGUAUACGAACAGGAUCAAAGACAACGUAAAAAUGGCCCGAGGGCGCCUGAACAACCUCCGGAUCUGCCAACAAAAGGGAAACCUAGGCUGCUCCUAAUGGGGCAGAGAAGGAGUGGCAAGUCCUCGAUAUCGAGUGUAGUCUUUCAUAAAUUACCACCGAGCGAGACCUUAUUCCUUGAGUCGACAGCGCGAAUCCAGAAGGACACUAUGCCGUCGUUCAUGGAUUUCCAAGUCUGGGACUUUCCGGGUCAGAUCGACAUAUUUGACAACCCAACAUUCGACAUUGAUGCGAUGUUUGGCGAGAUCGGUGCACUGAUUUGGGUUAUCGAUGCUCAAGAUGAUUACCUUGAGGCCGUAGCACGUCUAAAUGAGACCAUAUUAAAUCUCCAGCGAACAUAUCCGAACAUCAAAAUCGAAGUCUUCAUUCAUAAAGUAGACGGCUUGUCUGAUGACUACAAGUUAGAUAUCCAACGAGAUAUCACCAUACGAAUCCAGGAUGAACUCUCGGAUCACGGUUUCGAGAAUGCGCCCGUUACUUUUCACUUGACUAGUAUCUACAAUCAUAGCAUAUUCGAGGCGUUCAGCAAGGUCAUUCAGAAACUCAUUCCUCGUCUCGGAAUUCUCGAGGCGAUGCUUACUAACCUCUGCCGAACAUGUCGUUUCGAAAAAGCGUACCUUUUCGACGUCUUGUCUAAGAUUUACAUCGCGACAGACAGCGAGCCGGCGGACAUGGCGAGUUACGAGAUCUGUUCCGAUUAUAUUGACGUCAUAAUAGAUGUCACGGAAGUCUACGGUAGCUGGCCCCGGACUCAAAGAUAUCGCGAAGCUCUAGAAGGACCACCGUGGAAUCAGAAGAUAGAGGAUCAGGUGGCGUCGGGAUGCGCCGAGAGCUGCAUGGUGUUAAGUGAUGGGAAUAAGCCGAUAAUACUACGCGAGGUCGACAAGUACCUUGCUCUAGUUGCGAUUAUGAAGGAAGACAGUUAUGAUAAGAUGCCGCUGGUUAACAUGAACGUCGAGGUGGUGGUGCAGGGAUUGAAGGAAUUCUUCGAGAUUACAAAGCCGAAAUAA